AUGUUUUCAGAGGCUGCUCACAGAAGCAUUAUUCUUGGGGGCCAUGAUCCAAAGGAACCAGAACAGUUGAGGAAGCUGUUUAUUGGUGGUCUGAGCUUUGAAACCACAGAUGAUAGCUUAAGAGAACAUUUUGAGAAAUGGGGCACACUUACAGACUGUGUAGUAAUGAGAGGUCCCCAAACGAAAUGUUCCAGGGGCUUUGGAUUUGUGACCUACUCUUGUGUUGAAGAGGUGGAUGCUGCAAGGUGUGCUCGGCCACACAAGGUUGAUGGGUGUGUGGUGGAACCAAAGAGAGCCGUUUCUAGAGAGGAUUCUGUAAAGCCUGGCGCCCAUUUAACCAUGAAGAAAAUUUUUGUUGGUGGUACUAAAGAAGAUACAGAAGAAUAUAAUCUGAGAGACUACUUUGAAAAGUUUGGCAAAAUUGAAACCAUAGAAGUUAUGGAAGACAGGCAGAGUGGAAAAAUGAGAGGAUUUGCUUUUGUAACUUUUGAUGAUCAUGACACAGUUGAUAAAAUUGUUCAGAAAUACCACACUAUUAAUGGGCAUAAUUGUGAAGUGAAAAAGGCUCUUUCUAAACAAGAGAUGCAGUCUGCUGGAUCACAGUGAAGUCAUGGAAGUGGAUCUGGCAACUUUAUGGGUCGUGGAGGACACUUUGGAGGUGGUGGAGGUAAUUUCGGUCGUGGUGGAAACUUUGGUGGAAGAAGAGGAGGCUAUGGUGGUGGAGGUGGUGGAUAUGGUGGUGGUGGAGGAGGAUAUGAUGGUUACAAUGAAGGAGGAAAUUUUGGUGGAAGUAACUAUGGUGGUGGUGGGAACUAUAAUGACUUUGGAAAUUAUAGUGGACAACAGCAAUCAAAUUAUGGGCCCAUGAAAGGGGGCAGUUUUGGUGGAAGAAGCUCAGGCAGUCCCUAUGGUGGUGGCUGUGGAUUUGGUGGUGGAAGUGGUGGAUAUGUUAUGAACAACGACGUGGAAGUGUGA